AAUCAUCUCACGCGGUGUUCCUCCGAGUUUUUCUCCCUUCCUUUCCUUCUCUCUACCUCUAUAACAACACCUUCCCUCCCCACAAUUCAUGCAAAACCUCUUCAGAAUUCUUCCUUAAUACCAAGAUUCGCCAUUGAUUGCCACACCUCGUACCUCUAUUUUCGUAAUUCUCUUUCAAUUUAUGAUACAAACGCCCAAAGAUGUUACGGAAAUGUGUUAAGCCAUUUGACAGAUGCUUACCGCAACGGAGUGGUGAUGAACUCUUAUGGCAUACGGAUUUGAAGCCUCACGCCUCCGGUGAUUUCUCAAUCGCAGUCGUUCAAGCCAAUUCUAGCCUCGAAGACCAAAGCCAGGUGUUCACGUCGCCGUCUGCCACCUAUAUUGGCGUCUACGACGGUCAUGGUGGUCCCGAAGCUUCUCGUUUUGUCAAUCGCCACCUUUUCCCUUUCAUCGACAGUAAGUUCACAAAUUCUCCCUUCCAUCGACAAAUUUGCGACUGAGGAAGGAGGGAUAUCUGCAGAUGUUAUAAAGAAGGCAUUCAACGCGACAGAGGAAGGAUUCCUUCGAUUGGUGAAGCUUUCAAUGCCUAUUAGACCACAGAUUGCCUCAGUUGGAUCAUGUUGUCUUGUUGGUCUUAUUACGAACGAUGAAUUAUAUGUUGCAAACCUAGGGGACUCAAGAGUGGUCCUUGGUCAGAAAUUUCUGGACAAGGGCAAGGCAACAGUGGUUGCAGAGCGUUUGUCAAGAGAUCAUAAUGUCUCUUUCAUGGAGGUGAGGAAGGAGGUUGAAGCACAGCAUCCUGGUGAUUCACAUAUUGUGGUUUAUUGUCAUGGUGUUUGGAGAAUCAAAGGCAUUAUUCAGGUUUCAAGAUCCAUAGGUGACUUCUAUCUGAAAAAGCCUGAAUUCAACAGGGAUCCAUACUUUAUGCAAUUUGGAAAUCCUGUUGCUCUGAAAAGACCAGUAUUGACAGCAGAACCUUCCAUAAUCUCCAGAAAGCUUAGGCCUCAAGAUCUGUUUCUGAUAUUUGCUUCAGAUGGACUUUGGGAGCAGUUGAGUGAUCAAGAAGCAGUAGAUAUCGUGCACAAAUAUCCAAGACCGGGAAUAGCUAAAAGAUUAGUGGGAGCAGCCCUUGAGAAGGCUACAAAGAAGAGGGAACUGAGAUACAAGGACAUCAAGAAAAUCGGAAAGGGCAUCAGACGGCGUUUCCAUGACGACAUCACAGUCAUAGUAAUCUAUCUCGAUCAACAAAAAGGAUUGUCGGCCAACAGUACCAAGCUCGGCUGCACGAUCGCGCCUGUCGACAUAUUCUCGUGUAAGAAAGAUAAGCAACCGCUUUUGGUUCAACACACAUGAAUACUACCAUCUUUUGAUUCCUUAAAAAGAACCCAAGAGUGGUUGGUGUUAGAAAGGCUUUGUUUGGAGGGGGUUUUAACUUGUAAACUCAUUGUUUGGUUCAUUUCUCCUUUCCAUCGUUGAUUUUUGGGAAGUGUUACAAACCUUUUUCCAAAACACCCUUCUUUUGGAUGAAUAACAAAGAAAUUCCAGAUGC